UGCUGAAAGAAAUGUGCGAAUAUUCUAGAGAAAUAUAAAUAAAAGGUACAAAUACAAAAUUAACAAAUAUGGAGCAAUGUUAUAACAGAGGCUGUGGCCAGCUCUUCGAUCCCGCCACCAACAAUGAUGAUUCUUGCCGGCAUCACCCUGGAGCGCCUUUCUUUCACGAUGCCUACAAAGGCUGGUCGUGCUGCAGCAAAAAGUCUGUUGACUUUACGGAGUUUUUGAAUAUCAAAGGCUGUACUUUGGCAAAGCACUCGAAUGUUAAGCCGCCUGAACCGGAAAAGCCGGCUAAAGAUGACAGUGAAGUAGUUGAAGAAGUUAAGGUGCGAGCACCAAUCAGAGAAGCACUACCGAGACCAUCUAUUGAGACGCCAUUAACGGUGCUUAAAGCAACCGUAGCGCCUGCCUUAAAAGAAACCAUUGAUGCGCUUAAAAUUAACACUGAAGCAGUUCCUGCUGCUGUUGAACAAAACGAUGAUACCAUUGCCGUUGGAACUAGCUGUAAAAACAACGGUUGUAACUACUCGUAUACAAACACAAGCAACGAUCUUGACGAGUGUACUUAUCAUCCUGGAGUUCCUAUAUUUCACGAGGGUAUGAAGUUCUGGUCGUGCUGCCAAAAGCGCACUUCAGAUUUUGCACAGUUUAUGGCACAAAAAGGCUGCGUAUAUGGCCAACAUAAAUGGAUUAAAGAUAACGAAGAUAAAAAGGUGGUACAAUGUAGAUAUGACUGGCAUCAGACGACGACCAAUGUAGUUGUUGCAAUCUACGCCAAGAAAUACCAUUAUGCCAAAAGUGUUGUUGAGGUGAAUCCAAUUCGACUGCAUGUUAUGCUGUUGUUUCCGGAACAAGAAAAUGGCAAGUUCGACUUGGAUUUGGAAUUGCGUGGUAUUAUCAACGUAGAACAAACCACUGUACACAUGUACGGUACUAAAGUUGAAAUUACUAUGCCUAAGAUGGAGCCAGGAUCAUGGCCUAAGCUGCACACACCUCGAAAUGAACUGCCACCUGCAAAGAAAAGCGAUACUCAGGAGAAACCCAAAGCUGAUGAUAGCGAGGAUGAGUUUUUCGAUCUAGAUGACAUCGAAUCCGUUACCAGCCAUGGACUUAAAUUGUCCGAGCUUGCCAGCUUGCAAAAUCCGAACGCUUUAGAUUGAUAACAAAAGCAUUUAAUUUGUUAAUUUAACCAUGAUUGUACUGAGUCAACUGGCUCCGAAUACAUGAGUAUGCCUUACAACAAAUAUACUU